UUAGGAACCCUAAGGGUGCUAGAUAUUUUUUCACUAGAAUUUGAUGCACACUGUUAGGAAAAUCGGAAAAACCCAUCAAGGCGUGUCGCAACUCAUAGGGUGCCAAAAUGAUCCGAUUUCAUUAGAUAAUUCACUGCAUAUCAGGUGGGUUUCGCCAGUGAUUAGUUGACUAAUGCAACCAUGACGAGGAAUCUUCCCUGUGUAGUGAGUGUAAAGUGUGACAGUGAUGCCCCUUAACAUAUGUGAGGAGGAACUCGUCUUCUGUUACUCUCUUCCACUGCCGAUUUAUUUUUGGAUGCCUAAUGUCCAGCGCUGCCAGCUUCUGGAAUGCUCCGGGCUGCUAGAAGGCUCUUUCCUCCUAUCCUCUCCCCUCCACUCUCGUUCCCCAUUCCCAGUGCCCUGACAGAGCAGUGUGCAGUAACACUGACCCCACUACCCCACUUCACGUUGUUGUUCUCUCCGUCUCUCUGAGCAAUGGAGGACAGUCCUCUACAGGUGCUGCAUCUCAACACCGCUCCGUAUCCAGACCAGAGGCCCGGCAUCAGCGGCCUUAUAAAAAGCGUCCGUGUUUUCCAGUACAAAAGGAACUAUCUGCAAAACUUCAUCCAGAGUAUCUUCUCCUCCAUCGACCUGCGAGACCGCCAAGGCUCCACCAUGGUGGUUGGAGGAGACGGGCGUUACUUCAACACCACCGCGAUCCAGGUCAUAGUACAGAUGGCGGCGGCCAAUGGGAUAGGCCGUCUGGUGAUUGGUCAGAAUGGCAUCAUGUCCACACCGGCUGCAUCGUGCGUAAUCAGGAAGUUCAAAGCGAUUGGUGGAUUUGUGCUCACCGCCAGUCACAACCCUGGAGGACCAGACGGAGAUUUUGGCAUCAAAUUCAACAUUGCUAAUGGAGGGCCUGCACCCAGCACUGUGACAGAUAAAAUCUUCCAGAUAAGCAGAAGUAUAGAAGAGUACGCCAUCUGCCCUGAACUCAUGGUGGAUCUGACGACACUCGGCAAGCAGAGUUUCGACCUGGAGAAUAAAUUCAAACCGUUUACAGUUGAGAUUGUGGACCCGGUGGAAUCCUACGCCAACAUGCUGAGGAACAUCUUUGACUUUGCUGCGCUGAAAGAGCUUUUAUCAGGCCAGAACCACAUACGCAUCCGGUUAGAUGCCAUGCAUGGAGUGGUUGGCCCAUAUGUGAAAAAGAUCCUGUGUGAGGAAUUGGGUUCUCCUGCCAACUCAGCCAUUAACUGCGUCCCUCAGGAGGACUUUGGUGGUCAGCUUCCAGAUCCGAACCUGACCUAUGCUGCAGAUCUGGUGGAGACCAUGAAGAGCGGCCAGUUUGACUUUGGAGCUGCCUUCGAUGGUGACGGUGACCGUAACAUGAUCUUGGGGAAGAACGGCUUUUUCAUUAACCCCUCAGAUUCGGUUGCUGUUAUUGCAGCAAACAUCUUCUGCAUACCUUACUUUCAGCACAUGGGAGUAAGAGGCUUUGCCAGGACAAUGCCCAGCAGUGGAGCCCUCGACAAUGUGGCUAAAGCAACCAAGAUUCAACUGUAUGAAACUCCAACUGGUUGGAAGUUCUUUGGAAAGCUGAUGGAUGCUGGUCGCCUUUCGCUGUAUGGAGAGGAGAGCUUCGGCACAGGUGCGGAUCAUAUCCGUGAGAAGGAUGGGCUUUGGGCUGUACUCACCUGGCUCUCCAUUCUUGCUUUUAGAAAACAGAGUGUUGAGGAAGUCAUGAUCGAUCACUGGAAAACCUACGGCAGAAACUACUAUACCAGGUACGACUAUGAAGACGUGGCGAUAGACACGGCAGUGGACUUGAUGCUGGAUCUCGAGGUGAUCAUUUCAGACAAGGCAUUCGCUGGACAGAUAUUCAUGGUCGGACAGAAAACCUACGAAGUGGAGAAAGCCGACAACUUUGAGUACAACGACCCUGUAGAUGGAAGCGUCACAAAGAACCAGGGCCUGCGAAUUAUAUUUAAAGGUGGCUCUCGCAUUAUUUUUCGGCUAAGCGGAACCGCAUCGGGGGCCACAAUACACCUCUACAUCGACGGCUAUGAGAAAGAUGAAAAUGAGAUUUUACAGGAUGCACAGGUGAAGUUGGCCGACCUGCUGAGCCUCGCGCUGAAGUUGUCGCAGCUGCGUGAGAGGACGGGGAGAACCAGUGCUAUUGUCAUUACAUGAUAUAUAUAUAUAUAUAUAUAUAUAUAUA